GCCAUUCUGAAUUACGUCGGCGGUGCAUACAUCUACAUCCGCCGGGAGUAUGCAAGCAGAAUACGGCUCAUACAGCGGAGCUGGAGCAUCGCCACUAAGAAGGUCUCCGCCGAAGAGGAAGCAAAGGCUGCGCAGGCCGCAGAGAUGGACGACGACCUGCCAGAAGCGGAGCGUCCGAACCCAGGGAGGAACAAUGUCAAUGUGGAGAACAAGGCGAACGAGACGGGAGACCGUGAGAAGCCCAGCAAGAAGGGUGCGGUCCAGGUGCCCACCACCUUUAACGAGAUGUUCCUCUUCAACGCGGCCGUAAUGGGAUUUGCAGAAAGCGGCUGGUUCAGCAUCAUCUUGGAUCAGAUCGACAACAUGGUAAUGAAUGUGGCGAACUCGGCCCGUCUUCAGGAGGAGUGCGACGUCUGCUUCCUUGUUCUGAACCAGUACACUGGGCAGAUUGUCCUCAGCGA